GUAUCCCCGUUUGUGGAUCGUAUAUCAUGGCAUCACCAUCGUCAUCACAAUCGAUCGGCUCGCUCCACGCAUUCUCCUGCCUGCGCAAGCCAGGAGCGCGCGCUGCGGAGAGCUCCGCGAUGGAACGCGCUGCACCGACCCUUCUGUGCAUCUGCUUCACGCUGAUCGUCGCCGUGCGAACCAAGAAGCCCUGCCCGUCACCGUACAACGCUACGCACACCAUGUGCAUGCCGCCUUACCAGAGCUGCACCACGCUGUACAGCGAUACGCCGGCUUCGUUCGUGACCAUCCUGUGGGUGCACAACCACUACCGCAGCCAUCUCGCGCUGGGCCAGCUAGCCAACUUCCCGUCAGCCGCCAACAUGCUCCAGCUGCGCUGGGACGACGACCUGGCAGCAGUGGCCGAGGCGCGGGCGCGCCGCUGCAUCGGCCCAGAGGGAGUGUUGUUCACCGACACCAACGAGCAGCGGUGGACGGCCGACUUCCCUCUGGUGGGCCAGAACGUGCUGAACCAGCGCAGCAAGGAGGACAGGCUCUCCGUCAACUGGGAACACGUGGUGCGAGACUGGUUCAAGCAGAACACCUUGUUCACGGCAGACCAGGCGGAGGCCCACAGUGCCGUGUUUGGCGCGGAAGCCUUCAACCAAAUGGCCUGGGCGCGUACCUACGCUAUCGGUUGCAGCUACACGAGCAACGAGGUGCCGGCCUUCAAGCCCGAGAGCAAGGUGUUCAUCUACGUCUGCAACUACGGGCCCCAGAGCGGCGAGAUCGGCCAGCCGCUCUACCAGGCCGGGGAGCCCUGUAGCCUCUGUCCCGAGGACACGAUGUGCGACCCCACCACGGGACUCUGUAUGCUGCAGGGUGAUAAGCCGGGCCGCGACAAGACUACGACGACGCGUCAGCCGUCGCUCUUGGCGACCCCUGCAAAAGCCCGUGAGUCGGCUGCCGGGCCAGUCGCCGUAGCGGUCGAUUCUACGCUCGCCGCAGCCUUGGUGGCCGUCCACGUGUGGCACCAGGGGGUCGCCUGACGAGGAACCACCCAAGAUGAUGUCCUGCUGCGACGAACGCCUUCCGCUAUUUUAUUAUUUUAUACGAACAAUGUUAACAGUUUAACGAGGCUUCUCCGCAGCUGCGCCGGUAUGAGAUAGCGCCGUUUGGGGCAGCCGGCUCUAAGCGAAGCACAUGACCAGCCGUGCGGAACAGGAGGCCGCAUGCAGACGCCGCAGUUGUCGCGGCGACGAUUUAGUAAAGUUUAUAUUCGUGUUCUGAAAUACUGUGCGCACCUUGUAUUAGCUCUUUUUCUUGUCGUUAUCGUUGCGUUAACGCUUUCUUAUGUGCAAAUAAACGG